UCUCACGGAUGAAGAGAGUAAUACGAAGCUCCUAAUAUGGCUAGCGAUAAAAAAUCAGGAAAGUCUGCAAAAGGUACGAAGUCUAGUGCAGAAAUAUUAUCUGAAUUUCAAAUGCUUCGCAAUGAACAAAGGGCAAUGGCUAAUAAAUUGUCAGAAAUGGAGAUGGAACUAAAUGAACACAAGAUUGUAAUUGAAACAUUAAAAACUGUAGAACCAGAAAGGAAAUGCUAUAGAAUGACUGGAGGUGUUUUAUGUGAACGAACUGUAGAAGAUGUAAUGCCAGCGCUGGUAACAAAUAAAGAACAGCUAAUUAAAGUCAUAGAUGCUUUAAAUGAGCAGCUGACAAAUAAAGGAAUUGAAAUAAAUGAAUUCAAAGAAAAGCACAACAUUAGAAUUAAAGGACAGCAAGAUAUGCAACAACGGCAAGGUGAAGAUAAAGAUUCCAAAGAAGCAAAAAGAAGUGCAGUAGUUGUUAAUUAUUAAACAAUUAUGCAUAAAAUCAAAACCCCCAAUUUAUAAUACAUUUCAUAUUUACAUUUAAAUCACACA